GCCCGCGCCCUGCGCCGCGCCGCGUCCUGACGCUGGGCUGGGCCGGCCCCGGCGAUGGUCGCUCCCCGCCGGCUCCGCCGCAGCCCCGGGAGGCGGCUGGGCUCCGCGCCGCGGUAGAGUUUGAUUGAGGAGCGGUGGCCGCAGCUCAUCCUCUGCCAGGAGCGGAAGAUGCUGGAGUCUGCGUAGCAGGUUUCUGAGCAGCCGCUGACAACUCAGCCGACCCUGGAUCCGGCCACGCAGGAGGAUACCAUGAACUGAGCAAGGAGCGACGAAAAAUCUUUUUUUUUUUUUUUUUUUUUGUUUUGUUUUGUUUUGGCUUUUUCGGUUUGUUUUUCAUCCGAAAAAAAAAAAAAAAAAAAAGCCCCCCACGCUCUUUAAUGAAAGCGUUUUAAAACGGGGUUACUUUUCCCCUCCCCUGAACCGAAGUCGUCCCGGGUGCGGUGAGGAUUUCCGGACAAGAUGGGGAGAAAAAAGAUCCAGAUCCAGCGGAUCACGGACGAGCGCAAUCGGCAGGUGACCUUCACCAAGCGUAAGUUCGGCUUGAUGAAGAAAGCCUACGAGCUGAGCGUCCUGUGCGACUGCGAGAUUGCCCUGAUCAUCUUCAACCACUCCAACAAGCUGUUCCAGUAUGCCAGCACCGACAUGGACAAGGUGCUGCUCAAGUACACCGAGUACAACGAGCCCCACGAGAGCCGGACCAACGCGGACAUCAUCGAGACGUUAAGAAAGAAAGGUUUUAACGGCUGUGACAGCCCGGAGCCCGACGGCGAUGACUCGAUAGACCAGAGCCCCUUGAUGGAGGAUAAAUACCGUAAAGGCAGCGAGGAUCUGGAUAUCCUGUUCAAGCGAUACGGUUCCGCAGUGCCCGCUCCGAACUUCGCCAUGCCUGUGACGGUGCCGGUGACCAACCAAAACACGCUGCAGUUCAGCAACCCGGGCAGCUCGCUGGUGACCCAGUCCCUGGUGACCUCCUCGCUGACGGACCCCCGGCUCCUCUCGCCGCAGCAGCCAGCGCUGCAGAGAAACACCGUGUCCCCGGGGCUGCCGCAGAGACCGGCCAGCGCAGGGGCGAUGCUCGGGGGGGACCUGAACAACACGAACGGAGCCUGCCCGAGCCCUGUGGGGAACGGCUACGUGAGUGCCAGAGCCUCGCCGGGUCUCCUUCCCGUGUCCAACGGCAGCAGCUUGGGCAAGAUCAUCCCGGCCAAGUCCCCGCCACCGCCCUCCCACAGCACGCAGCUCGCCACCAACAGCCGCAAGCCGGAUUUACGCGUGAUCACCUCGCAGAGCGGGAAGGGGCUAAUGCACCAUUUGACGGAGGAUCACUUGGCUCUGCAGAAUACGCAGCGGUUAGGUGUCUCCCAAGCAACUCACUCUUUAACCACACCGGUUGUUUCUGUGGCUACUCCGAGUUUGCUGACGCAGGGGCUGCCUUUCUCUGCCAUGCCCACAGCCUACAACACAGAUUAUCAGCUGACGAGCGCCGAGUUGUCUUCUCUGCCAGCGUUCAGCUCACCUGGUGGGCUGUCCCUUGGCAACAUCUCUGCCUGGCAGCAGCAGCAGCAGCAGCAGCAGCAGCAGCAACAGCAGCAGCAGCAGCAGCAGCAACAGCAGCAGCAACAGCAGCAACAGCAACAGCAGCAGCAGCAACAGCAGCAGCAACAGCAGCAGCAGCAGCAGCAGCACCUGGUUCCUGUAUCACUAGGAAAUUUAAUACAAGGGAGUCACUUGUCCCACACCACCACUUUGACUGUCAACACCAACCCCAACAUCAGCAUCAAGUCGGAGCCCGUCUCGCCCAACCGGGAAAGAAACACUGCCACCCCGCUCAGCACCUUCCCCCACCAGCCCCGGCACGAGCCCACCGGCCGCUCGCCCGUCGACAGCCUCAGCAGCAACACCAGCUCCUACGAAGGCAGCAGCGAGCGGGACGAUCCCGCCCGCCCCGAUUUCGGCUCAUCCCUGGGCCUCCUGCGACCCACCAGCGAGCCCGAGGGGGAGAGCCCCUCCGUAAAGCGCAUGCGGUUGGAUACCUGGGUCACAUAACGGGUCCCCGCCGUCCCUGGGAGCGCCGCCGGCUCGCAGCGGGGCCGCGGGGAGGGGGCGGGAGGGGUGGGAGGGAGG